AUGAAGCCUCAGAUCAGAAACCUGAUGGAGGGGAUGUAUCCAGGCACAUUCUACUACAACUUUGAAAACAGACCCAUCCUCUCAGGUUGGAACACCACCUGGCUGUGCUACAAAAUGAAAACAAAGAAGGACCCCUCAAAGCCACCUUUGGACGCAAGGAUCUUUGGAGGCCAGGUCUAUUCCAAGCCUGAACACCACCUAGAGAUGAGAUUCGUAGAUUGGUUCUGCAACUAGAGGCUGCAUCAUGACCAGGACUACCUGGUCAUCUGGUACAUGUCCUGGAGUCCCUGCCCAGAAUAUGCAGGGAAUGUGGCAGAGUUCCUGGCCAAGGAUGGCAAGGUCACCCUGACCAUCUUUGUUGCCCACCUCUACUACUUCUGGGAACCAGAUUACCAAGAGGAGCUUCACAGACGGUGUCAGAAAAAACAGUCCCAUGCCAGCAUGAAUAUCAUGAACUAUGAUGAAUUUCAACACUGUUGGGACAAAUUUGUGUACAACCAAAGAAUGCUAUUUGAUCCUUGGAAGCAACUGAAUACAAAUUAUGCAUUACUGCACAGCAUGCUGGGGGAGAUUCUCAGACACCUGGUAGAUCCAGGCACAUUCACUUACAGCUUUACCAAUGACCCUUCAGUCUCUGGGCAGCACCAGACUUACCUGGGCUACAAGGUGGAGUGCCAAAACAAUGACACCUUGGUCCCUCUGGACCAGCACAAGGGCAUCCUCCCAACCAGGCUUUGA